UCCUCUAGCUUCAUCUGAGUUAUUGAUACUGUUUAAUAAUUUCUAACUGAUGAGGCUUAAAGUCUGCAAGAAGGACUUUACUGAAUUCAAAAACUAACUUGAGUAACAUGAAGCUAUUAAAUGUCUCAUCCCACUUUAUCCAUGUCUGUCCUUAUCUGCUGUGUGUGGAAGCAGCUCUGUUACUGGACACGUCUCUGACCAGGUAAAACUCCUCCUCCCGGUGGGAGGACCGAUCGGCACAUCCUCUGCUCUAAUCACCUCAUGGGAUAAUAAAACUCUGCUGCCAUCAUGUGGCCAUCAACAAACCUGCCUCAUCACUGUUGUGUUGUUGGUGUUGCCAUGGCAACAGUCCCUUGUUGCCUUGCACAGGUCACCAGGUAAAGCAAACAACAGAGCUGAGGAGAAACAGGGAGGAAAGCAGCUGGAAUAUGGACAGGAACGAGACCCAGAUGAAGAACAUGGAGCAGACUAUAAAACAUGCAGAGAAGAACCUGGGAGAGAUGUGCUCCCUCCUGGCCUCCUACGCCAGGAAGACGGCGAAGCUCAGAGACAAGGCAGACCUGCUGGUAGCUCAGCUCUUCGACUUCUCCAGCACAGAGGGCCCCGAGCUUCAGACUGGUCUCAAACAUCUGGCUGAAGAUAUGGCCAUGGUUCAAGACUACAGGCAGGCUCAGGUAGAGAGAUUAGAGACAAGAGUUGUGGCUCCUUUAAAGGACUAUGGAGACAUAGUGAAGAAUAAAAAGACUCAUCUAAAGAAGCUCAUUGUUGACCUGAAUAAAGAACAAAAGGAGUUACAGAAACUUGAGAAAAUUCGACUGAAGAACCCAGCAGAUGGACAGAGCAUUUCUCAGGCAGAGUUAUUGGCUCAGAAAGCCUCCACCAAUGCCCAACGCAGCAUCAGACAGCUAGAAGAGACCAUCACAGAUUUCCAGAGACAGAAACUGGAGGACGUCAAGAAGAUCUUCACAGACUUCAUCACAGUGGAGAUGGUCUUCCAUGCUAAAGCACUGGAAGUUUACUCACAUACAUAUCACAGCCUGGAGGACGUGGAUACGCAGAAAGAUCUGGAGUUGUUCAUCAGUCGAAUUACAACGUCUGAGUCCCACGCUGUGAAUCUGGACAGCCCUCUCAGCAACCACUUCUCUCCUCUCAGAAACCAUUUCUCCAGCUCUCAUUUGGCCUCCUCAAAAAGCCAAGGCCUCAGUUCAGUUCAGACCUCUACUGCAGGUCAAAGCCACAGACAGCGACAUAGCCAUUUUAAAGACGUAGCUAGGAGGUUUCACAGCACAUUAAAACAUCAGAGAGGUGUGGAGGCAGAGCUGGAACCGCAAGAAGAGGAUGAAGAUGAAGAGGAAGAGGAAGAAGAAGAUGAUGAAGAAGAGGAAGAACAGGAGGAAUCUGAAUUAGAGAUGGAAAAGAGUGGACAUGCCAGCCGGCAAUCUUAUGCCACUAGAUAUGCCCUGCUGCACAGAUAGCAUGAAGUCCAGUCGUCUCUGGUCUGAUCAAGUUAAUCUGAUUCUAUUCUGAUCCACCAACAUACAAACAUAUACAUAC